AUCGAGAAGAAACCAAGAGUCCAUCUUUUCAAAGUUUUAAUUAUAGAGAUUACAAGUCUGCUCCUCGAGGUUUAUUUUAUUUCGUUUCCAAUGUGUACUUAAUGAAAUCAAAGGAGCCUGAAUUUGAAGAUAAUAGACUUCGCGCUUGUUUCUAUCGUAGGUUGCAGAGGAAAAUUAAAUUUCCCGCCGUCAAUUGUUACCGAAUGGCGGAAUUGUGUGCUGUCAUUGCUCCACGCGAUCGGAAAACAAGUUUCCCACGGUUUACUCCACAGUUGUCGCCCGAAUGCCGCGAUGGACAGAAUACUCAAGGGGAUCAUGAGAUACAGAAAGUGCCACCGGGAAGGAAUGGUGAAGCAGUUUCAACAGGUCCGAGAUCAUCCCGAGCCAAAGGCAGUGUUCUUUACCUGCAUGGACUCCCGGAUGAUCCCAACUAGAUUUACGGAAACGAACGUCGGAGACAUGUUUGUCGUCCGAAACCCCGGUAACGUCGUGCCGCACUCGCAGCACUUCCUGGACGAAUUUACUAUGUGCGAGUCGGCGGCGUUGGAGCUCGGAUGCGUGGUGAACGACAUAAGGCACGUUAUUGUUUGCGGCCACAGCGAUUGCAAGGCGAUGAACCUGCUCUACGCUCUACGAGACGAGGAGUUCGCGUCACAAACGAACAGAAGAAUGUCGCCGCUGAGAGCGUGGCUGUGCGCGCACGCCAGCAGCAGCCUGACGAAGUUUCAGCAUCUCGAGGUCGCCGGUUUCCGCGAGCCGAUCCUCUUCCAGGCCGAGACGCCGCUGCGAAAAUUCGUCGCCUACAUCGAUCCGGAGGACAAGUUUGCCAUCGAGGACAAACUGUCGCAAAUCAACACGUUGCAGCAGCUCCAGAACAUCGCGUCGUACGGAUUCCUGAAGAAGCGCCUGGAGAGACACGACCUGCACAUCCACGCGCUGUGGUUCGACAUUUACACCGGCGACAUUUAUUACUUUAGCCGAGCCAAUAAGAGAUUCGUGGAGAUAAACGAAACGACGGAGCCGCUCUUGCUUAAAGAAAUCAAGAAAUACUACUCGUAGGAACCUCUUUCUCUCCGGGUAAUUCGGACAAUACUUGUAUUACGCUAAGAUAAACGAAACGACGGAGUCGCUCUUGCUUAAAGAAAUCAAGAAGUACUACUCGUAGGAACCUCUUUUUCUCCGGGUAAUUCGGACAAUACUUGUAACACGCUAACGUUACGUUACCAGAAGUACGCGAGUUAGGCCGAGUAAUCGUAUAUUUUUAAGUCAACGGCACACGGUACUAUUUUUCUUACUGGACUGCUUACGCGAACCAAUCAGGAUUCUUUAUUGGUUCUCGCAAGCAGUUCGGUAGGAAAAAUAGUAUCGUGUACCGUUGGCUUUAUAUAUUAAGCUUCGAGAGGCUUAGGUUUCGUUUACAUCCUUUUGACAAGACUCGCAAAGGAGAAUAAUCUGCAUUUUGAUCGCUUAUCACUGUCGCAGAGCGAACAAUACGUUGCGCUUUGUAGGGACCGUCUUUAGCACAAAAUACACUCCUCGUUAAAUUCAUUACAUAAUUAUACGUCUAUUUUUUAUAUGUGUAUACAUAUAAGAUAUAUGUUUGGAAAACAUAUUGAUAUACCGAUUGAUAUUUGCUGCGGCGAAAUAUAGAGAUCUUCGCGUUCGCGAAAUAAA